AUGGUCCGCACCUCCGUUCUCCACGACGCUCUCAAGAGCAUGAACAACGCCGAGAAGGCCGGCAAGCGCCAGGUCCUCAUCAGACCCAGCUCCAAGGUCAUCGUCAAGUUCCUCCAGGUCAUGCAGCGCCACGGAUACAUCGGCGAGUUUGAGGAAGUUGACGACCACCGCUCCGGCAAGAUUGUCGUUCAGCUCAACGGCCGCCUCAACAAGUGCGGUGUCAUCUCCCCCCGCUACAACGUCCGCCUCGCCGACCUCGAGAAGUGGGUUGUCAAGCUGCUCCCUGCCCGUCAGUUCGGCUACGUCAUCCUCACCACCUCCGCCGGUAUCAUGGACCACGAGGAGGCCCGUCGCAAGCACGUUGCCGGCAAGGUCAUCGGCUUCUUCUACUAA